GUUUCGCCAACGACUGUAAGGCUGCAUCAAGGCAGAUUAAGAAGGAAAGAGUCAGAUGUUCUAAAGAUAUGCGACUUUGGACUCGCGAAAAGGUUCCGCGAUCAUUUCGGAAUCCCAAUAAAGCUUCGAACCUGCUGCGGAACCCGACCGUGACGAAUAAAACGGCUGAUAGAGAGAACGUAGAAAACCGUACUGGCAAGGUCGAUGCAAGUAGUCAAAUUAUCGCCUGGACGUUGGUCAAGAAGAUAGACCAAUCGACACCGCCUCUCACCAGGUGAAA